UAUUUCAACAAUGAGAAGUUUGAAGCAGAGAAGUAUGAUGGUUAUCUGAAGAGCUACGAGUCCUCCUCCCUGAAGACCACCUAUACCCUGGCCAUGCUCAACUUUGGACAGAGUGUCAUCUUUAGUGUGGGCCUCACUGGUAUCAUGGUGCUAGCUAGCAAGGGGAUCAUGGCAGGUUCUAUGACAGUAGGAGACCUGGUGAUGGUGAAUGGUCUGCUGUUCCAGCUCUCUCUGCCUCUUAACUUCCUGGGCACCGUGUACAGAGAGACACGCCAGGCCCUGAUCGACAUGAAUACACUCUUCACACUGCUCAGUGUUGACACCAAGAUCAAGGAAAGAGAGCUGGCCCCUCCUCUCUCCGUCACCCCUCAAGAAGCCACCAUCAGGUUUGAGGAUGUCUACUUUGAGUACCUGGAAGGACAGAAGGUUCUAGAGGGCGUUUCCUUCCAGGUGCCUGCUGGGAAGAAGGUGGCCAUUGUAGGAGGGAGUGGAUCAGGGAAGAGCACCAUAAUGCGUAUGUUGUUCCGGUUUUACGAGCCCCAGAAGGGAAACAUCUACAUCGCUGGACAGAACAUCAGGGACGUUGGACUGGACAGCCUGCGACGGGCCGUAGGGGUGGUACCACAGGAUGCAGUGCUCUUCCACAACACCAUCUUCUACAACCUUCAGUACGGGAACAUCAACGCCACGCCAGAGGAGGUGUACCAGGUGGCACGGCUGGCAGGGAUCCACGAUGCCAUCCUUAGGAUGCCCCACGGAUACGACACUCAGGUCGGCGAGAGGGGACUCAAACUGUCAGGUGGGGAGAAGCAGCGUGUGGCCAUAGCCAGGGCCAUACUGAAGAACCCUCCUAUCCUGCUGUAUGAUGAAGCUACCUCCUCACUGGACUCUAUCACUGAGGAGAACAUUCUUAGUUCCAUGAAGGGUCUGGUCCAGGACCGGACGUCCGUGUUUAUCGCUCACAGACUGUCCACCAUCGUAGACGCAGACGAGAUCAUCGUACUCAACAAGGGUAAGAUAGCAGAGCGAGGGACCACCACUCUCUCCGGCGACUCAGGCUCUCUGUACGCUGACCUGUGGAACACUCAGAACAGUAAGAUACUGAACAUUAAGAACAGCCCGGUGGAACUGCAGCCAGAAAGCCAGAAGGAGGAGGAGAGGAAGAAACUACAGGAGGAGAUCAUGAACAGUGUCAAGGGCUGUGGGAACUGCUCCUGUUGA